AUGCUGCCCCUGGUCUUAACGCUGCUUCUUCUGUGGGUCUCUGCCCCAGCCAACGCUGCGGAGAGGAAUGAAGAAAAGAUCAUUGGUGGGCAAACCUGUAUUCCCCACUCCCAGCCCUGGCAGGCCGCAUUGUACAUUGCUCAGAGUUUCCACUGUGGGGGUGUCCUGCUGUCUGCUCGGUGGGUCCUCACAGCAGCUCAUUGUAACCACUGGAACCUUCGAGUGGUUUUGGGGAAGCACAAUCUCAAUCACCAGGAGCGCUCCCAGCAAUCGAUCAGGGUGCAGCGCCGGAUCCCCUACCCCCAGUACAACUCCAGAACUAAUAACAACGACCUCAUGCUGCUCUACCUUGAGAAGUCAGCACGUCUGACCCCAGAAGUUCAGCCCAUUUCUCUGGCAAAAGACUGUGUCAGUCCUGGGACAACCUGCCUGGUGUCUGGCUGGGGUACUGUCUCCAGUCCUUUUGUCAGAUAUCCCAGCACCCUCCAGUGCCUGAACAUAGGUAUCACAUCUGUGGAAAAAUGCAAAAAAGCUUACCGAAAUGCCAUCACCCCAGGCAUGGUCUGUGCGGGGACUGAGAGAGGUGGGAAGGACUCCUGCCAGGGUGACUCUGGCGGCCCCUUGGUGUGCAAUGGGGCCCUGCAAGGCCUUGUGUCUUGGGGCAUGGAACACUGUGCCCUGGCCGGAUAUCCCGGUGUCUACACCAACCUGUGCCGCUAUCGGACCUGGAUUCUAAAUGAAAUGCAGAAGCAGUAG